AACGACACUCGAACGGCCGACCGCAAGAACGACGACAUCUCCGACUAUCGCAAUGGCUUCCAACAUCUCUGCCGACCUCGUCUGGGAGGUUACCCGCAACAACAGCGCUUUCCUCCUCAAGCGCAAGCAGUCCGGCGGUGUCCAGUUCUCGCGCGACCCCCUCAACCUCCUCAACAAGCACUCCAGGAAGUACGAGGGUUUCGUCAACGACAAGGCCUUCAGCGUCCAGCCCGCUGAGAAGGGCGGCGUCCAGCUCCUGAUCAAGAAGAACGAGAAGGCCAACAAGCCCGCCUCCGCCAUCCAGUCCUCGACCUACGGCGCCUCCACCUCCUCCCGCAAGACCUACAAGAGCAUCAUCAACUCGACCGUCAAGCGCCACUACCGCGCCGACCUCCGCGACGAGGCCGUCCGCCGCGCCUCGGCCAUCAAGGCCAGCCAGAAGCCCGUCAAGGCUGACAAGCCCGUCAAGCCCAGGGGUCUCAAGGGCAAGAAGGCCGAGUCCGCCUAAAUCAAUCGUUCGUUGUCGGUCGAUCAUCUAGGCGGCGUCUUAGUGGAGGAGGAGGAUGUGUCCGGGUUGGAGAAAAAUAUGGAGUUAGUUUGACUGGCCGGUCGAACGACUGUCCUGUCUUUUUUCGGCGGCGGCGGGCGC